AAUUCACGGCUAGUUUACAAGUAGUAUACUACUAGUUUAUAUACUUAGAUCCCUAUUUUGUUAUAUUGACAAUGUCACACAACUUAAACGGUUAAUAAGUGAUAUGUAUUCUCACUUUAUUUUUUAACUACUAAGAUUAAUUUUUUUUUAUUUGUGGUAAUAAUUAGAAAUCUCAAGUUAGAGUCACUAAAACAAAACACCUAUUGAUAAAGAGCGCUUUAUCUCUUAGUAGGUCUAACUUGGCACGAAUGAAAAAUUAAUGAGAGAAUGUGGCUUCUGUCAGAUCAUUCAACUACCAAAUGGAUCCAAAAUAAUUUGGGCUAUAGUCAACACGUUCAUGAAUGCUCACUUACUAGAGAACUUACUAAAUCUAGAUAGGCUGACUUAGAUAUAUAACAAAAUAUUGAACUCCAUUUCCUAAGAUCCAAUCUUCAUAACUUCUAAGAAUCUAGAUAUAUAUGCUGACUUAAAUAUAGCAAAAACAUUGAAUUCCAAUCCCACUUCCUAAGUUUCAAUCUUCAUUAUAAAGCAUUAAUCAAAGUAUAGUACUAUAGUCAAUGCUUCUAGUUUUCAAGCUAUGUUUCAUUCUUUUUCUUGGCUUAUUUUUUCUUCCAAUUUUGCUUCCUGCUAUGAUUUUCAUAUCAUGUCUUUAAUCUUACUCUUUCCAGCUUGGUCUGUUUACAUGUUUGGUUUACUAUUGCCAGAGAUUAUGCAUAAAUGUCCCAAAAAGAUAAUUGAGUUAUCAACUGAAGGAAAUCAUGAUCAGGAGAGGCAAGUUAGUUUGGAGUUGGACCCUUGUGAGUUUCCUUUUGAUCUUAGUGAAUCAGAAGAAGAUGAAAUAAAAAUGGAUGAAACACACAGAGUUUGCAUUGAUCAAGAGUCAAAUCCAACAUUAUUUCCUGAGAUUCGUGGACAAAAAUGGUUUGAUGAACUGAUGUCAUUUUGGAGAAGUCAAGUGGAAGAAAAGCAGUACAAAUGUAUGAGACCAUUCUAGUUUCUAUUUUCUUACUGUUUAAGUGUGCCUCUGUUAAGUGUCUAAAAACUUUAACCCGUAAAAUUAGUUAAAGUUA